ACCUGAAGCAUUCAAGACUCUCAAUAGGGAUAAAGAGAAAGUAAUGUUAUUACUAAGAAAGGGGGUAUACCCAUAUGAUUGGGUAGAUUCACCUGAAAAAUUUAAUCUAAAAGAACUCCCCUCAAUAGAAUGCUUCCAUAGUACUCUUGGGGGUAAUAUAACACUAGAAGACUAUGAACAUGCUAAUAUAGUAUGGAAAAAAUUCGAGUCUUUCUGGGAUACUGCAAUGGAAAAUUAUGAACAUUUCCAGUCUUCAUUGGAGUAA